CUCCUGCUUUUUUUCUUCCUUACAUUAAUGAAGUAGCACUUAAUAUAUACUGUACAUGCGCGGUUAAAGCGUGCGCUGUAUUUCUACUUCUGAUUUUGAAAAUCACAUUUUUUUGUGAACGAAAUUUUUGCUUCAAUGAUAUCUACAUCGAAGUUUUGAGAUCACUGAGGCCAUGGGAAAAAUAAAAGGACAGUUCCUGCUCAUUAUUUUAACAUCAGGUUUCCUUUUGAGCAGUGCACAGAAAACAGUAUGCACACAGGAAGCCUUGGCUGAUAUCAUCUUCCUUGUGGAUAGUUCUUUUAGUAUUGGCACAGAAAACUUCCAGAAGAUCCGUGACUUUCUUUUCACUUUUGUGAACAGUUUUGAUGUGAGUCCUGAUAAGGUUCAAAUCGGUCUAGUCCAGUACAGCAAUUCACCGCAUUCUGAAUUCCACCUUAACACCUUUGAAACCAAGGAGAAGAUUCUUGACUACAUUGAAAAUCUCCCUUAUCGAGGAGGUGGCACAAGGACUGGAUUAGGUUUAAGCUUUUUGCUGAAGCAUCACUUUGUGAAAGAAGCAGGAAGUCGUGCUAAAGAUGGGGUGCCUCAAAUUGCUGUGGUUAUCACAGAUGGACAGUCACAGGAUGAUGUGGAGCCACAUGCACAAGACCUAAAACAGCAAGGGAUCAUACUUUAUGCUAUUGGUAUUAAAGAUGCUGAUAUGGAGCAGCUGAAGGAAAUUGCUACUAAGCCACAUGACCAGCACAUCUACAGUGUGACUGAUUUCACAGCUUUGCAAGGAAUCUCUCAGGGUUUCAUCCAGGUCAUUUGCACAACAGUGGAGGAAGCUAAACGUCAAGUGUCUCAGGUGCCACUAGGGUGCAAGGCUAACUUAGCUGACAUUGUGUUCCUUGUUGAUGGCUCUAGUAGUAUUGGUGAUGCAGACUUCCUGAGGGUGAAGAAGUUUCUAUACGAUUUCAUAGUGGCUCUUGAUGUCACACCUAACAAAGUAAAAGUAGGAAUCGUACAGUUUAGUAAUAGCCCCCAAGAUGAGGUUGAAUUGGGGCAGUAUGCAGACAAAAAUGAUCUGCUGGAGAAGGUCGACAACCUUAGCCACAUAAGAGGAGGCACUGAAACUGGUAAAGCUCUCCAAUUUAUCGGAGACAAUUACUUCACAAAUUCAAGUGCUAGUCGAAUCAGUCAGAGUGUGCCACAGAUCGCUGUGGUGAUCACAGAUGGUGGCUCUGUUGAUGAGAUGAAGAGUCCAGCCACGGAGCUACGGAAAAAGGGGGUGUUAAUCUUCACCAUUGGGGUUGGUAAAGAUAGCAUUACAGAGCUAGAGUCCAUUGCUAACAAACCAUAUCAGCACUUUGUAUUGAGUUUCAAAGACUAUGAGGAGCUGGUAAAAGCCACAAGCACCAUAGUUGACAAAGUGUGUAUUUCUAUGGAGGCCCAACAGCAAGCUCUAGCUCCAAAGUUCAAAGAUGUGCUUGUGUUGGUGGACAGCUCAGUUGAACAGACCCAAAAGGUGUCACUGUUCCUAAAUCGCCUAGCCAAUCAACUUAACGUGGGGAGUACAUUCAAUCAAAUGGCUUUGGCUCAGUUUAGUGAAAGUGUUUCAGUGGAAUUUCGUUUUAAUGCUUACAAAACUAAAAAUGAAGCAGUUGAACUUAUUCGCAAAUUUCAACUCAGAGGCACUGGACAGCGUAAACUUGGAAAGGCGAUGGAUUAUGUGCGCACCCACCUUCUCACCCCUGAAGCAGGCAGUCGAAUUGCCGAGGGAAAUAAGCAGUAUCUGCUGAUCGUGAGCAAAGGAGAAUCACAUGAUGAUGUACACAAAGCACUUCAUGCAUUAAAGGAUGAGGAAGUGACUGUUGUCAAUGUUGACUUCAGCAAGGAACUAUUUGUCCUACAGUCACCUGGUCUACCUGGAAGUCCUGGUCCACGUGGUUCUGCUCCUGCACUUGGAGUACCUAACGUGAAGGGAGUUUCUUUUGUACAUGAUGCAAGAAACAAAAAUGCUGUAGAAAUAACACAAGAUGUAAAGACUAUCAUUGAAACUCAGGAAACAGUCCAAGUAACUGGAGACUGCAAGUCAGCUCCAGCGGUGGCAGAUAUAGUGUUUAUUGUGGACGUGUCAGACAGCAUUGCUUUUUCAAACUAUAGACUGGUUCGGGACUUUCUUCACCGUAUGAUUAAUGGCUUGGAGAUAAGUUCUGAUGGAGUGCGGGUUGGAAUGGUGUUAUACAGUGACACACCCACUGCUGACUUUUACCUAAACACUUUUGAUAACAAAGACGACAUCCUGCAGUACAUUAAACUUUUACCCUUUAAGGGUGGGGGAUCCAAAACUAGCAAGGCGCUGAAGUUUGCUAAAGAUAAACUCUUCAUCAAUGAAACGGGCAGCCGACGUGAUGUAGGAGUGCAGCAGAUUGCUGUAGUCAUAACUGAGGGGGACUCGCUGGAUAAUGUCACAAAACAAGCAACAGAGCUACGGCGAAGUGGAGUUCAGGUUUAUGCUUUGGGAGUCACGAAAGAUAAUGUAGAGCAGCUGAAAGAGAUUGCAUCUUAUCCUCCUGCGAGGUUUGUUUUCAGUGUGGAAAACUUUGCUAGGCUUAAUAAAAUGGAAACAAUUCUAAGGAAGACUCUGUGUAACAACGUUGUCCGUUCAACGGUUGACAAGUCUGUUAGAUACACUUUAAAGCAAGGAUGUGUCCAGACAGAAGAAGCAGACAUCUAUUUCCUAAUUGACCAUUCUGGAAGUAUUUAUCCAUCAGACUUUCAGGACAUGAAAAAGUUCAUUCUUGAGUUUUUGCUUAUGUUUAGUAUUGGGCCAAAACAGGUCCGUGUGGGGGUGGUGAAAUUUGCCGAUAACACCACACUAGAGUUUCGACUAAAUAAAUAUAAUGACAGAGCCUCUCUUGAAAGGGCUGUGGACAGCAUUCUGCAGAUAGGUGGAGGCACAAAGACAGGAGAUGCUCUGUCCUUCAUGAUGCCACUUUUUAAGGAGGCUGAAAAGACUCGUGGGACUAAGGUUCAAGAGAUUCUUAUUGUCAUUACUGAUGGAAAGUCCCAGGAUAAAGUGAAAGAGCCAGCAGCAAAGCUGAGAGCACAGGGGGUGACCAUCUACACCAUUGGAGUGAAAGACGCAAAUCAACCAGAGCUCCUUGAGAUAGCAGCUGAUCCAAAGAGGAUGUACUUCGUCACCAACUUUGAUGCACUGAAACCCCUCCAGAAUGAAAUUGUUACUGAUAUUUGUUCAGAUGAGGCCUGCAAGAACGUGUUGGCAGAUGUCAUUUUUUUGAUUGAUGGUUCAGGGAGCAUUGAAUCUGAAGACUUUUCAAAGAUGAAGAAAUUCAUGAAUACUAUAAUUUCGAAGUCUCUAAUCGGCAAGGAUAGUGUUCAGUUCGGAGUUGUGCAAUUUAGCUCAGACUCCCAAACUGAAUUUUCCCUUAACGAUUUUUCUAACAAACAUCAAAUGCAGCAGGCCAUUAAUGAUAUGGAGCAACGGGGUGGUGGGACUAUGACUGGCAAUGCACUCCAUUUUGUGACAGAUUACUUUGAUCCACAACAAGGGGGUCGUCCCAGCACUCCACAGAUUCUCAUUGUAAUCACGGAUGGUGAAUCUCAGGAUGCUGUUGCUCAGCCUGCACAAGCCCUCAGAAACAAAGGCAUUGCAAUAUACUCCAUAGGAGUACGUAAUGCCAACAGCACACAACUGCGAGAGAUCAGCGGAACUCAGGACAAAGUUUAUCUGGAAAGAGAUUUUGAUGCAUUGGACUCCUUAUAUAAAGAUGUCUUGCUUAAGAUCUGCACUUCUGAUAAUGAUUGCCAGAAAUCACAGGUAGCAGAUGUUGUCUUCUUAGUGGAUGACUCCAGCAGCAUUACUGGAGAUGGCUUUGACAGUAUGAAGUUUUUUAUGAACUCAGUGGUAAACAACACACAGGUUGGACAGGAUAAUGUCCGUUUUUGUACUAUUCUUUACUCUGACACACCUAAGAGCAAAUUUCCCCUUAAUCGUUACUACAGUAAACGAGAAGUGCGGGAUGCUAUAGACAAUCUAAACCAUGAGGGUGGAAACACCUACACAGCCAGGGCACUACUUUACUCACUGAACUACUUUAGUGAAGCCAAUGGUGGAAGAAGGACAAAAGGUGUCCCACAGAUGCUGUUUGUCAUAACAGAUGGUGAGGCCACAGACCCACAUGAUUUACCCAAAGCUGCUGAUGAGCUUGAAAAACUUGGUGUUAGUGUUUAUGGCAUUGGCGUGGCCGGUGCAAAAACAGAUGAGCUGGAGAUCAUAACCAAAGACAAAAGAAAAAUUUCCCAUGUUAAUGACUUUGAAGCUUUAAAGACCCUGCAAAAAAACAUUUCUGGUGUGAUCUGCAACAACACAAAACCAGAGUGUCAGAAAAAGGCAGCUGAUUUGGUCAUUUUGAUUGACGGGUCUGAAAGUAUUAAAGAGAUGUCAUGGAAGACCAUAAUAAGUUUUAUGCUUAGCCUCAUUGACAAUCUACGCAUCAGACAAGACCUCUUUAGAGUUGGUGUAGCCCAGUUCAGUUCACAAUACAAAAAGGAAUUUAACUUGAAUGAAUAUAAUAAUGACGUGGAUGUGAAGAAGGCCAUUGAAGCCAUUAAGCAAAUGAAAGAAGGAACAAAAAUUGGAUAUGCUCUAAAACAAGUGCAGGAGUUCUUUCAUGCCAGUCGUGGGAGCCGCAUUCAAGAUGGAAUUUCACAGAACCUGUUGUUGAUCACUGAUGGAGAAUCACAUGAUGAUGUUAAGGGCCCAGCUGAUCAACUGAGGGCCAUGGGGAUUGAAAUAUUUGUGAUUGGAAUAGGUGAAAUCUCAUGGUCACAGAUUAACUACAUUGCUGCGUCACCUGACAGAGUAUUUUAUGUGGACAAUUUUGAUUGCCUCAAAUUAAACAAAACAACACAGGUGGUGGUCGAUAGCAUUUGCACUCCUGAUCCAGAAGAACAAAGGAGUUGCACUGUAGAUAUUGGUAUUGGAUUUGAUAUAUCCCGUGGUAGCUCACAUUCACUCUUUAGUGGCCAGUAUAGCCUGCAGACCUUCCUUCCUGAGAUUAUCAGACAUAUUUCCACUGUGAACAACUUGUGCUGUCUACCCGGGCAGCCUGUUCUACAAACCAACAUUGGGUUCCGCCUGGUUGCUAGCGAUGGCAAGAUACUGCACGACAUUAACUUUGAGCCCUACAGUGAAGCUUCAGUGAAGAAAGUGAUGGACUAUAAUAAGACUCAGGCUCUGGCUUUUAACACCCAGCUGCUACACUCUUUUCAGAAUAAGUUUGCAGCAUCCAAAGCUGGUGUUAAAGUAUUGAUCAUUUUCACCGAUGGCCUGGAUGUAUCAGUUCAAAAUCUCUUUGUUGCCUCGGAAAAUCUCAAGAAAAGUGGAGUUCAUGCACUGAUUCCAGUCGCUCUGGAAGGAGUCAAAAGCACCACAGACCUACAAAAGCUGGAAUAUGGAAGAGGAUUUGGCUACAAUGAGCCUCUUAUGAUUGGCAUGCAAAAUGUGGCCAGUUCUCUGCAGAAGCAGAUCGAUUCUGUGACCUCACGAGAGUGCUGCAAUGUGACAUGUAAAUGUACUGGCCAUGAAGGGAUUCGAGGACCACAAGGACCUCCAGGGACAAAGGGCUCUCCUGGCCAGAAAGGACAUCCUGGAUUUCCUGGAGAAGAAGGAGGAGUUGGAGAGAGGGGGCCAACAGGUUUAAAUGGAACCCAAGGACAUCCAGGUUGUCAGGGGAAAAGAGGUAUAAAGGGUGGCAGAGGCUACAGGGGUGAUACAGGUGAAGAUGGAGAACAUGGUUUGGAUGGAGUAAAUGGAGAACAGGGUGUGACUGGAUUAGCAGGAUACCCCGGAGAGCCAGGAGAUCCAGGCAGCCCAGGCAAGAAAGGUAUCCAAGGAAUUCUAGGUGUUCCAGGACAAAAAGGAUUGAGAGGUGAUCCGGGUGUGUCAGGAAUUGACAACAAUGCACGUGGUCCAAAGGGUGAGAUUGGAAACCCAGGCCAACCGGGAGAGCCAGGGCCAGAUGGAAGCCCAGGCAGACCUGGAGAUAAAGGCAGUCCUGGUCAAAAGGGAAGAAGAGGCAUUGCUGGUUCAGUAGGUAAUAAUGGAUCUCCAGGAGAAUUUGGAGUAAUUGGAGCCCCUGGACCUUCAGGGCCACAGGGGCAAAUCGGCCCUUCUGGUGCUCCAGGACAAAAGGGAAUACUUGGUUUUCCAGGACCUCAGGGACCACCUGGUGCACAAGGAAUCAAAGGAUCCAAGGGAAGUGUAGGACCCAGGGGACACAAGGGUCAGUCAGGGGAACCUGGAAAUAAAGGAGAAGCUGGGCCAGAAGGAUUCAGGGGCCCUCAAGGAAAUGAUGGUCCAGAUGGAUAUGGAUCACCAGGACAUAAAGGACAGAAGGGGGAUCUUGGUUUUCCAGGAUAUCCUGGACUUCAGGGGGAAAGUGGAGAUAUUGGCCGAGAAGGAAAUAAUGGUCCUAAAGGCAGAAGUGGAAGAGGAGGAAAUGCAGGCAGGCCAGGAGCUCCAGGUGAUCAUGGAACCAUAGGGCCACCUGGACAAAGGGGCUCUAAAGGACCACCAGGAAUCUCAGAAAAGUCUACUUGUCAACUGAUUAGCUACGUACAACAAAACUGUGCCUGCUGUAAAGAUAAAGCAGUUUGCCCUGUGUACCCCACUGAAUUGGUGAUUGGUUUGGACGUGUCUGAAGACAUGACAUCUCAGUUAUUUGAGAGAAUGCGCUCAACUCUUUUUUCUCUGCUGGACACCAUUGAUAUCGCUGAAAGCAACUGUCCCACAGGGACACGAGUGGCUGUAGUGUCCUACAGUUCUAACACUAAGUACCUCAUCCGUUUUUCUGACUAUCGUCGUAAGAAGGACUUGUUGGAAGCUGUAAAGAACAUCCCUCUGACACGUACAUCCAACAGACGCAACAUUGGUGCAGCCAUGCGCUUUGUGGGGAGAAAUGUCUUCAAACGUAUUCGUCAGGGUGUCCUGAUCAGAAAGGUGGCAAUCUUUUUCUCUGGUGGACAGUCCCAGGAUGUGACCUCCAUUACCACAGCUGUUCUAGAAUACAAGGCUCUGGAUAUAAACCUUGGUGUUAUUGGUUUUGGAGAUACUCCUAAUGUUCAACGUGCUUUUCAGGCUGAUGAGACAGGAAGCUUCAUUAAUGUCCGGGAGAGAUCAGAGGCUCAGGGUGCAGCACUUGAGAGGAUCCAGCGAUGUAUCAUCUGCUUUGAUCCUUGCAAUCCAGCUAGAGAUUGUCCGCAAACCACCACAGUGUCCACUCCAAAGGAGGUAGACGUGGAUCUGGCAAUGUUGGUGGAUGGUUCCCGGAGCAUCCAGGCUGAUCAGUAUCAGGGAGUGAAGGAGGUGUUACGCACUGUGUUGGACCAGCUUGUAGUGAGUGGUCAGCCCAGUAAAGUUGACACACAGGCACGAGUGGCACUUUAUCAGCAGAGUUCAUCAUACAGUGAAGCCCAGGCUCCAGUCAAGCAGAUCUUCACUUUCCAGCAGUUCAAAGACCGCAACCAGAUGAAGCAGAGCAUCUCUGUAAAUCUACAGCAGACUGGUGGCUACUCCAGGCUGGGUCACGCUGUGGAAUUUGUAGUCAUGCAGAAUCUCCUCACUGCUUCCAAGCCACGAAAAAACAAGAUGGUGCUGCUGAUAGUUGGAGGGGAGACAGAAUAUUCUGAUCGAGCAAAACUGGACUUUAUCUCUAUGAUGGCUAAGUGUCAGGGUGUGGUGCUUCUCACUCUAACAGUCGGGGAUCAUUUUAACUACACCCAGGUAGAGGAGCUUGCCAGCUUUCCUCAAGAGCAGCACAUAGUUCACUUGGGCCAUGUAAAAAAAGGAGAGCAGGAGUACUCACAGCGCUUUAUAAGGACUUUCCUACACAUUUUGAGCCGAAAAAUAAAUACCUACCCUUCUCCGCUGCUCAGACAACAGUGUGAGAGAUUUCAGCAGCAGCAAAGUCAAGGUCAAAUUACCCGUGUUAUCUUUGAGGCUGCUAAGAGACCUUCUGUUGAAAGAAUUCCUCUAACAGAAUCUACUUACACGGAGUAUACAGAGACAGAAGAAGUGGAAAAGGAAUUAGACAAAGAGUUUGCUGAACCGACAGUGACACUAAGGGGGGCCGAGUAUGAAUAUGGGCAUGUGCUGAACUCAGAACCGGGAGAUUCAAAUGUUACAGAUGUGUGCCACCUGAAAAAGGAUGAAGGGACCUGCAGCAAUUAUGUGCCCAAAUGGUUCUAUGAUCAAGAGCAAAAUAAAUGCUCUCAUUUUUGGUAUGGAGGAUGUGGUGGGAACCUUAAUAGAUUUGACAGUAAGAAGGAAUGUGAAACCCGCUGCAUGGCACUUCAUACACUACAGUGACUUUUACAAAUUACUGAUAAUCCUUACUGCAAGUUAUCCUCACACUUUUUCCUCAGUUUUUAUAGGAAAUGAUGGUACACUAGGAUAUAAACCUACAACAAGCAUUUACACAUUUCAAAUUCUACUGAUGGUGGCAUGUUCAUACAGGUAGCUGCUGCUUAGAAACACUUUUAACACUUUCUCUCUGUAGCUUUAUAAAUGAAAUGUGAUUCACUAGAAUCAAUAUUUCAAUUCAUGAUGGAAAAAAAUAAAUCUAAAGGUGCUCAUGUCAUAGUGGAGCAAUAAAGGCGAAACAAUAACUUUUCUCUGUAGUUAUGAUUCUCUAUUUUCUGCCUAUAUUUGUAAUUAUUGACAUAUUUCACACAUUGUAAAACCAUAUUUACCACUCAUCUUCAUAUCAUAAUACUAAUAACCAAUAUCAGCCCUUAUCAGUAUAAUUAUUUACCUACAUUAAAACAGCUAAUAGCACUAACUAUGAUUAGUGUUCUCACUUCCUGACGUUCAUGGUGUUGUCUUUAGAAGGUGAUUACGAACCUUUGGGUUAUCUGGAAGGUGGCAGUGACAGUUAAAAAGAGUUAAUGCAGUUUCUCAACAGGUCAUUCACUUAUUCAUUUAUUCAUCAGUAACUGCUUUAUUCUAAUCAGAAUUGUGGUACAAGUUGGUGAUACCAGAAAAAUACCACAUACACAUACAUAUUCAGGAAUAUAACCAGAGAACCUGGAGAUGUGAGGCUACCACAUUAUGCCAUCAUUUAUUUGGAACAAUUAUGCCAAGUCUCACUAGGUAAAUUGGCUUCGGUAAAUCUGCCUCUAGGUAUAAAUAAGUGUGUGUGUGUGUGUGUGUGUGUGUGUGUGUGUGCAUAGGGUCCUGUAAUAGACUGGUGUCUCAUUGGGGUGUCUCCAUCUUGCACCCAGUGUUCCCAUUGUAAGCAGUGGAUCCAACACAAGGAUAAAGCAUUUUCUAAAGAUAAAUGAUUAUUUUUUGGUAGACUGUGUGGUUGCAUUUAUGUAAUGAUUGAUGGAAACUGUCUGUUACAGGUUGUUAAAUUGAGUGUGAAGAAAUUAAAAAAUUCUACCGUA